AUGAACAUCGACAAUUUAAUACACGCAUCCAACUUGUUGACCACAUCGGCACUGGAAAAACGACAGCCACCGCCUACCGAAACCCUUCUUCUCGAAAAUCAUGGCCUUUGGCGUCAAUUUCGUUCCAUGGAAAAUGAAAUGAUAAUUACAAAGACUGGCAGAUGCUUAUUUCCUUCCCUGAAAUUCACGCCCAUUAAUCUCUCGCCAUCAGCAUCGUAUUCAUUUGUCCUCGAUUUUACACCGGUUUCGCAAUCAAGAUUCAGGUGGAGAAAUGGCAUGUGGGUAUGCAUUGGAUUCGACAAAAGAAGUAAAAAAAGAAAAGAACAAGCUAUUAAGAAUUCAAAAUCAGGGAGAAUGACGCCAAGAUUAUCUACAAAGAGCUCACCAGAAUUAACUGCAGAUCAAGUCCGAUAUAGUUUAGGCCACCCAAGCGUAACGACUCGCGUAGAAAACAGCAAAGCCGUUAAACAAGAAUACAGAGCGAAUCAAGUUUUUGGACAUCCAUACCUUCAGCCUGAAUCGCCGCAAUCAGGACGGUAUUGGAUGGACAGAGGCGUCAACUUUGCCAAAGUGAAACUGUUUAAUCGCACUAGCCUACCAUCAUCACCCUCCUCUUCAUCAAACCCAAACAACUUCCCUAACUAUAACGGCUACUUUGGUUUGACGACAUUUUAUAAAUACCAACCGCGCAUUCAAAUGGUCAAGCAUGGCCAAAUCAACGACGUAAAAACGUUUGAAUUUGACGAGACAAUUUUUAUUGCCGUAACACAUUAUCAGAAUGAACAGGUAAAUACGUUAAAAAAAGAGAACAAUCCCCAUGCUAAAGGGUUUAAAGAAAGUAGAAGACAAAAUGAGAAUCAUAUAAGCAACAUUAUGGAUAAAACCGAUGAGGAUGAUGAAAUUGAGUCUGAUUGCGUUAUUAAUAAUGACGAGUAUGGUAAGGAUAAUGACUAUGAGCAUGAGAGGAAAAAGAAGAGAAAACUAAAUGAAAAAAUUCACAAAGGUGGUAAAGACAAUGAGUUUCGUUACAAGAUAGUGCCAAGCGAGAGUCAACACAGAGAGAAAAGACGAGAACAAAUCAUGACCGUUGACAAUAUUUAUGACGAAUCGGAGAGGUAUAAUGGAAAGGAUUACAAUCAUGUUUAUGACUAUACUAACAAUAAUUCUGAGGGUAAAUACGAAAAUAAAUACACCAACACGGCAGCCGACAACACUCAUUUUGCUACCAGCCAUUCUUUCGACAAGCAAAAUCAGAUACCUCUUUUGUAUAGUUUCUACUCAACACAAUCAAAUUGUACACGCCAGAUAUUGCACUAUGAUGAAGACGCUAAUAACCCGCAAAAUACACGCUAUAAUGCUGCACAAUUGUAUGCAGGGGAUAACAGCAGAUAUUCAAAUUUGCGCUCGCUUGACCAAUCGACUUUGGAUAAUCCACAAGAUGCGCAUUCGGUUACUGACUUGCAAAAUGCACAUUCACAACCAACUUUUCACAGCCAAGAACCAUGCUAUAUUCCUUCAUCACCAUUAAUAGAGACGUCUCCAUUCCAUACGCCAACAAAACAAAACGGCUCCAUUUCGAUGCCUUAUUACAGCGCACACGUAACUUCGCGCUCUUCUGCACGCGAAUAUCACAAUUCUUCGACUAUCCCGGAUGUUUUGUCUGAUUUUUCAACGCCAACUUGCUCUCAGUCAUCCGUCACGGCCUUGUCUCCUUUAACACCCACUACUCCCACGCCCAUUCCCGCAAGAUUUGAUAAUGUAAAUUUUCUCCCGAGUAUUAAUUCCAUUUUAUUAUCUCCAACACCCGCGCGGCGCGGAUUACUAUUCAACGGAAAACAGAAGAAAUUAUCCGGUUCACUGUCUCCUACUUUAGGUGAAGAUAACUGCUUGGGUGAAGCUGUUCACGAUGUUGCGAACAUAAGACAUUACGAGAAAGGCGAAAAUAGGACCCGUGGAAAUAUUAACACACACGAGAUCCGAAGAGACAAGAAAGGUAAUGUUAGAACACUGGAAGAUGAGAACAAGAGACUAAAAGAGUUUAUCAGACUAAAGCUUGGUGUUGAUGCUAUCAAGGACGCUGUCAUCAUGAUUGAAUAG